GAUGGCAGCGCCCAGUGGCGCCACGAGCGACUCGGAGAGUAGCAGCAGCAGCGAUGCAGAGGAGCUGGCUCGGUGCCGCGAGGCGGCGAUGCCGGCCUGGGGCUUGGAGCAGCGCCCGCGGGGGGCGGAGAAACCAAGAGCCGACGCUGCGAACACCCCGCUGCCGGCCUCCCAGCCGAGCCUCAGGCACAGGGUGGAUGAGCACGAACAAGAUGGCAAUGAGCUGCAGACCACCCCCGAGUUCCGAGCCCACGUAGCCAAGAAGCUGGGAGCCCUGCUGGACAGUGCCAUCACCAUCUGGGAAGCUGGGAAGGAGCCAGGGAAAGCCGGGCUGCCGAAGGAGGCCUCGGAGGAUGACGGCUUCCGCCUCUUCUUCACGUCCAUCCCCGGAGACCCCGGGCAGGAAGCUGGCCCCCAGCCGCGCCGGAAGCGGCAGCCCUCCAGCUCCAGCGAGGACAGCGACGCGUGGCGGCGGUGCCGGGAGGCGGCCGUGUCCGCCUCUGACGUCCUGCAGGAGUCGGCCAUCCACGGCCCCGCCCAGGGCGAGCACGAGGCCAAGAAGAAGAAGAAAAAGCUGAAGAAGAAAGCCAGGAAGGUGGCCGGCGUUGCCACGGAGACCGUGGCCCAGGAGCAGGAAGAGGAGGUGGGCACGGUCAACGGGGCCCGGGUGUCCCCUGGGACCAAGAGGAAGAAAAGGAAGAAAAAGGCAAGGAAAGCCCUCGAGGCUCCCUCCUCCCCCCCAGCAGCGGGCACAGUGGCCACGCCUACAGACUGACCGGUGUGCGGGCACAGGGCCCACGAGCUCCCGGGACAGACGCUCAUGGGGCACCUUGUCCAGGCCCCGCCUCCCUCUCCAAGGUCAAGGACUUGGCUGGGAAGGCUGGACUCGCCCAUGAGACCUUGAUCGUGAUGGGAGCUUGCCCAGGAGUUGGGGCAAAGAAGUGGCUAUAUGUGGGAAGCCUAAGCAAGGCCUGCCCCUCGUGUCUCCCACUGAGGGUCCUGGCGGACUGUGCCAGAACAUUCUAUGGCCUCUGGUUAGCCGAGGGUGGUGGCAGAUGGUAAAUGUCUCCCAGUGCUGUCUGGGGUGGGCGAGUGAAAGAAGCCCCCCCACUCAGUCUUGGAGGGGAGGGUCCCCAGGACACCGGGGGACAGGCUGCUGCCCUUGUCGCCAGUGCCACGUGGCCGUGCUGGAACCGGCCUGGGAAGGCAGGCGUGCUCCUGCCCCCUAGUCACCGCAGGGUGACGUCACUGAGCCAGCCACGCAGAAUACCCUGUGAGGGACCGGAACUGAGGGUGGCUUGGGCGCCAUCUCCCCGUGUGCGCUGGAACUCCAUGAGACGUCUUCCUUGGUCUUCGUAGACUUCAGCGACGCGGGCUGCCUGCCUGCACCCCCGAGAUAGGAUCCUUUGCCCCAGGCCCGGACUCGAGCGUGGAAGCCCCCUGGGGCCAGGUUUCAUGCCACAGAGGGCUCUUCAGGAAGGAGCAGAGGCACAGGGGAGAUUCUGGCCUCGCCCCCUCCACCUGCUUCAGUGGCUCGGAAAAGCCAGCGGGAUCUGAGGGUGUCUCGACCCCCUCCGCCUGCCCAGCCCCCGCUGAGUGACUUACAGCCAAGCAAGAAAUUCUCAUU